ACAAAACUUGUCCUAUAAAUAGAGCUGCAUGGGGGAAGACACUUUAUCACAACCACAACUAAAAAGCAACAUACAAAAGAAAAGCAUUUCAUAUAUACAAUUGUCCCCCAAGAACAUGACAAUGCUCAAGAACAAACACAUAACCUUCUCAUUGAUCUUGGUGUGUCUUAUUGUGAUGUCUCCAAUGGCUCAAGCUCAGCUUGGUGGUCUUGGUGGUCUCCUUAGUGGUCUUGGUGGUCUUGGUGGUCUUCUUGGUGGUCUUGGUGGUGGUGGUGGUGGUGGUGGCCUUGGGGAUCUUAGUGGGCUUUUAGGUCUCAUCACUAUCCGAGGCAAUGUUCGUUGCUCGGUCAAUGGCAAUGCUUCCGCUCCUGCUUUCCCUAAUGCGGGCGUUCAGCUCCAAUGCGGGGGAAACGUAGUCUCAGCGUCGACUACGAACGGUGCCGGAAUAUUCGCGAUUCUUGUAAACCCAGUUCAGAUUUUGCUUUCUUCACUCCUCUCCGAUUGUCAGCUCGCCGUCACGACGCCUCUCUCCACCUGCAACGCCUCACUUCCUACCGGCCAACUCCUCUCACCUCUGACCACCGUCGGAAACAUCGUCUCUGGUAUCCUCCGCAUCGUCACCCUCGGCCCCACCGGCUUUCUCCUAGGUAACUAGUGACUAGUGACUCCAAACUAUACUUUAUGUUCGGUUACUGUGUCUUUCCAUUAUGUUUUUUUGUGUCGUGACCAAUUUAUGUUUACUUGCGCAUGCGUUAAACCAUAUGCAUGAAUAAGGUCUAGGGUUUAUGUCUCAUUCUUCAAAGUUGUGUACCCGUUGCGGUUUAUAAUUCCAAGGUUUGGCUUGUCUAAUAUUGUUACGAAAUGUAAGAAAUAAUUUCCCGUUUUUAUAUGGCCAUUUGUGUGUGUGUGGUAUCAAAACUGUCAACGGUAUCAAAAUAUUGAAUAGAAUUAAUACGCCCCAUGUUCCAAAGUAAGUUAGACACAAUCACACAUGUACUCACUCGGAGAUGAUACAGAAAUUACAAACGAUGACGUUUUGUUAGUAGGUGGCUAUCAAAACGAACACUCACCAAAAGAGAGGAAACAAAAAUUGUUGCUGUAUUCAUUUAAACAAAUUUAAGGUUAAGAGAGCAGAGGUUGGCUUGGUGUGAGGACUUCCUCUUCAUCUUCUACGUUUGGUUUGGCAUUUUUGUAAAACGCAUAAAUUAGGAGUUGCAUCGCCCCAAACACAAAUCCCAUUCCAUUUGGCACCUACACACGCAACAAAAUAUAUAAAAAUCAUAUUUCUUUUCUUUUGUGCAACUAAAUC